GUUGUUUGUUCGUUAGCAAUGGAUUAUUGUAUUCUACUUACAUCCAACCUUGAUUCGCGCUAUCUAAAUAAUGUGAAUAUGCUCAAGACAUAUUUUGAAAACCGAGGGAUUCCCUAUGAUGAAAUCGAUGGCGCUGAAUCGAAAAAUCGAAAACUGAGAGAUAUCCUGAUGAAAGUGGCAGUUGACAAUGGAGGCAAAGCUGAAUACCCUUCCCUGUUUAUUAUGCGCAGUAACCGAAACAUCCAGUUCGUUGGCAAUUGGCACCGGAUCCAGAUGAUUUUAGACAAUGAUUGCAUAUCCCCCGAGGAUCUAAAGAAGAUGCCCGAGGUCUACACAUUCGGCCGCUAUUUCCGAGAUAUUCUGUAACAUUUUGC